ACAGUGCCAUUUCAAAGACUGGCCGUCCAGUAGUAGUCUUCCAAGCACCAUGCCAGCCAAACCAGCACCCAUCAAAAAGUCGGCCAAGAAGGCUGCAGAGAAACCCGCAGAACCGGAGCCCGCACCUGACGCUCCCACGGCAGAAGCGCCUCCUGCUGAGGCACCUCCAACCGUAGCGGUUCCGGCAGAAACUGUCCCGUCUGUGGAUGCACCUGAGCCUGAAGCUGCUGCUGCUGAAGCUCCUGUUGUAGAAGAAGGUGCUGCAGCUGAGGCUCCUGCAACUGGCCAUACAGAGGAAGCUGCUCCGCCUACUGAUACUCCAGCUGAGGCUGCUCCUGCUGAGGCUGCACCAGUAGAGGAGCCACCUAAACCACGAACACCUCCACCUCCAGCAGUGCCCACUAGUGCUCCUCAGAGCCUCACAGUAGAAGAUGUCAACGAUACCUCAGUCACUCUUAAAUGGAGAUCCCCGGAGACCACUGGAGACUCUGGACUGAAUGGAUAUACCGUGGAAUACUGCAAGGAAGGAUCUUCUGAAUGGGUGGUUGCCAACACUGAGCUCACCGUGUCCAACCGCUUCGUCAUCAAGGACCUGACAACCGGAGACAUGCUAAACAUCCGAGUGGUGGCCGUUAAUGCCGGAGGUUGCAGUGAGCCUGCCACCCUUGCUGAGUCUGUUCCCGUCCGGGAGAUUGUGGAUCGCCCCAAAAUCCGCAUGCCCCGCUUCCUGAGGUCAAGAUACAUCAAGCAAGUUGGAGAACAGAUCAACCUUGUCAUUCCCUUCUGUGGUAAACCUAAACCUGUGAUAUCAUGGACUAAAGAUGGCCAGCCUUUGGAUACAAAAAAGGUAAAUAUCCGCAACAGCGACAAGGAUAGCAUCCUGUUUAUCCGCAAGGCAGAGAGGGAGGACUCGGGCAACUACGAGAUAAGUGUGAAGGUAGACAGCUUCGAGGACAAGGCUAUCAUCAUAAUCCAGAUUGUCGAUCUGCCUGGUCCUCCAGCCUCUGUCAAGAUGGUUGACACCUGGGGCUUUAAUGCAGCUCUGGAAUGGACCCCUCCCAAAGACAACGGCAACACUGAGAUCACUGGAUACACUAUUCAGAAGGCUGACAAGAAAACUGGAGAAUGGUUCACAGUUCUGGAGCACUACCACAGGCUAAACGCUACAGUCUCUGACCUUAUUAUGGGAAAUGUGUAUACCUUCAGAAUUUUUGCUGAAAACAAAGUUGGGAUCAGUGAGGCCGCUGCUGUAACAAAAGAAGUUGCUCAUAUUCAAAAAACAGGUAUUGUCUACAAACCACCAGAGUACAAGGAGCACGAUUACAGUGAGGCUCCCAAGUUCACAGCAGCCCUCAACGACAGAGCUGCCACUGUGGGCUACACCACUAAGUUACUGUGUGCAGUCCGGGGCAGUCCAAAGCCCAAGAUCGAGUGGCUGAAGAAUCAGAUGAUUAUAGGGGAUGAUCCCAAAUAUAGGCAGAUCAACAACCAGGGAGUGUGCUCACUUGAAAUCCGCAAACCAUGUAGCUUUGACGGAGGUGUAUAUACUUGCAGGGCCAAGAAUGCCCUUGGAGAAGCUACAGUUGCCUGCAAGCUUGAGGUCAAACAGGUGAUCAUCCAGGAUGAUAAAGAGAAGAAAUAAACGUAUUUGCACAGAUGUUUACAGUGGUGCUGAAAGACGAGUAGAAGUGUGUACCAUAAUCUUAGGCACAACCUUGCCUCUGUGAUCACUUCUUUUUUAUUUUAUUUUUUUAUUUGGAAUGCCCAAUUCCCAAUGCGCUCUAAGUCCUCGUGGUGGCGUAGUGACUCGCCUCAAUCUGGGUGGCGGAGGACGAAACUCAGAGACAUCAAUAUGCGCAUCUUAUCAGGUGGCUUGUUGAGCACAUUACCGCGGAGACAUAGCGUGUGUGGAGGCCCACACUAUUCUCCGUGGCAUCCAUGCACAACUCUCUACGCGCCCCACCGAGAGCGAGAAUCACACAUUAUAGCGACCACGAGGAGGUUACCCCAUGUGACUAUACCAACCGAUCCAAUUUGGUUGCUUAGGAGACCUGGCUGAAGUCCCCCCCGUGAACAUUUCUAAUAAAAUAUAACAAAUAGAGUUACCAACUUGGUAACUAUAAAAUAAAUCAGAGUUAAUAUUUUUUAGAUUUUUUGAUCAAAAGACACAAAGAGGAGUGAGCAAGCCUAAAUAUAAUUUUUAUUUCUUGCAUGUAUUUUAAAUGUUACAUUACUUAUUGGUACCCAAUUAGUUUUUCUUAGUCUGUCUUGUAAUUGGGUGUUUUCAAUAAAAGAAUAAACCCACUAUUUUAUUUAUUUAUUUAU